AUGCGCACGCGGAUCCCAAAGCCAGAUGACUUUGCGCCCCUGGCCCCCUCGUUGCACGUGUCUCUGGUCUUUCCAGAAGUCCCCGAAACCACGACAGCCAUUCUCAUCCUUUUUCACGGGCUCGGCGACUCUGAAGUCUCGUUCACCACACUCGCCAAGAGCCUGAACCUACCCGGCAUUCUUGCCAUAUCCGUCCGUGGUAUCUCACCCUUACCACCGUCCCUACUUGGUCUGCCGGAGUCUGAAGCCUCAGCUCCUACAAAGAAUUUCCACUGGGGAGAUGAUCUGACCAUGUCGCCUUCCACCGGAGAGCUGGAUCCCGACCCGGGCUUUUCGAAGGCCGAGGAGCUGGUCUUGGGAAAGCUGAUCCAGGAAACUCUCGUUGGGAAGUGUGGAUGGGAGACCAAUGACAUCAUGCUAUUUGGCUUCGGUCAAGGCGGUUCCCUCGCUCUUGGCUUGUCGUCAAGACUACAUGGUGGGCAGCGAGUCGUCGACGUGACUGAAGGGGAGGGGGCCACCGGCAAACUGUUCAAAGGCGCUAUAUCAAUCGGCGGUCCGCUGCCCACGAGCAUGAUACCAACCUUGAGUGCAAGAGAGAAGGCGCGGACACCGGCUCUUAUCUGUCACGGAAGAAACAGCGAGGUGCUUGAUGACGACGCUAUCGAGGUCAUCAAGAAAGAGUUUGUGGAUGUGCGCGAGGCCAAGUGGAAGAAGAACGAUGAUGGUAUGCCCAAUAGCCGGGAGGAAAUGCUGCCCAUCAUGCAGUUCUUCGCCGAAAGAUUGCGCGCGUGGUAG